AUGAGCCGCGACCCGCAUGUGGCGAUUCUGGGCGGCGGGAUGGCGGGGCUGAUGUGCGCGCUGGGGCUGGCGGAGCGCGGCAUCCGCAGCACCGUGUUCGAUACUGGCAAGCAUGGGUUGGGCGGGCGGAUGGCCACUCGGGAGGUGGAAGUUGCCGGGAAGCUGCGCCUGUUUGACCACGCAGCACAGUUCUUCACUGUUACAGAUGAUCGCUUCCAAUCAUACGUUGACAGGUGGCUCAAGGAAGGCGCCCUGCGAGUGUGGGACGAGGGGCGCAUUGGCACGCUGCAGGCAGGGGGGGCGUUUUCACCGCUGCUGAGUGGUGGCAGCGGUGGCGGUGGCGGUGGCGGUGGCGGUGGAGAGGCACGGAGGCUCGUUAGUCCCAAUGGGAUGCGAGCGUUCUGCGAACACGUGAUUGCGGAUAAGGUGAAGGAGGGCGUGGUGGGGGUGGAGCGGCCGGUGUGGAUAGGGAAGAUGAGGGCGAGGGGGGGCAAGUGGGUGCUGGAGGAGACGGGGCGCAAGGCAGGGGAGUUUGACUUCGUUGUCAUUGCACACAACGGAAAGUGCGCCAACCGCCUUCUCGCUCCCGCGGGUGUCCCAAAGAUUGCGAGACAGAUGAAGCGCCUCGAGCUGAGCUCCAUCUGGGUGUCGCUCAUCGCCUUCGAGACGCCUCUGCUGGCCAAUGGCAGCGCGCCACGUGGGCACUUCGACGCCGCCUUCGUGGAGGGCGUGCCAGCUGUCGCGUGGAUGUGCAACAACAGCGCCAAGCUGGGGGAAGAGGGGGGCGGCGUGAGGGGAGGGGACGGUGGGGAGGGAUUGGGUGCGGUGCGGAGGGGUGAUGGAGUGGAGUGCUGGACGGUGCUCAGCAGUGCGGCGUAUGGCAAGCGCAACAAAGUGCCCCAGGAGAACAUCCCACUAGCCAGGGCAGCGCGGGUGAAGCAGGAGAUGCUGGAGGGCGUGGCAGCAGCACUCGGGCGACCCGCAAAUUCACUGCCUGCUGUCCUCUUCCACAAGAUCCAGCUCUGGGGGGCGGCACUGCCUCUGAACGCGCCAACAACAGCAGCAGGGGGCGGCGUGGAAUGCAUAAUGGACGCCUCUACUCGCGUGGGGCUGUGCAGUGACUGGCUGCUCGCGCCCUCCGUGCAGGCCGCUGCCAUCAGCGGACUCGCCAUGGCUGAUAAGAUCGCAGCAUUCCACGAGGAUGCAGCGGCCAGCGACCUGGCGCUCUUCUCAGUGGGCCUGGACGCCUCCUUUGCAGCGGUGGAGGACGCACAUGACAUCGGCGCUUUCGCGGAUGCCACGCCUUCUGUCUCGAAUGGCAGCACAGAUGAUGUUGUUGCAGCACAGGGGGUGCAAGUGGUUGCAUAA